AUGGUGAAUUCAGAUGACACGGAAUUGACCCAAACAAACAUCAAAACCAAUCCUGUAAAUGACCAUUCUAGUCCCUUUUACCUUCACCCAUCAGAUUCACCGGGGAUGUUGCUAGUCAACUCCUUAUUUGAUGGAAAGGGAUAUACAGGUUGGAAUAGAGCUUUUAUUAUAGCUUUAUCAGCUAAGAACAAACUGGGAAUGAUUGAUGGCACAGUUGAGAUGCCUGAUGCUUCAGAUCCAGAUCACAAAAUAUGGACCAGGUCAAGAGAAAUUUGGAAAGAGUUAGCAACAAGGUUUGGACGAUGGUGUAAUGGUGCUCAACUUUAUCAACUUCAAAAAGAACUUUCGGAUGCGGUAAGGACUUCAGAUAUUGCAGGUUAUUUCACUAAGGUUAAGAAAAUAUGGGAUGAGCUUAAUGCUCUUAUUACUUUUGAUCAUUGUUCUUGCAAAUGUAUUUGUGGUGGGAAGGUUAAGACUAUCAAAUCCCAUCAGGAUGGGAGACUGAUUGAGUUCCUAAUGGGACUGAACAACAGUUAUUCCAGUGUUAAGAGCACCGUCACGAUGAUGGAUCCCUUACCCACUGUGGGAUCUGCCUAUUCUUUGCUUAUUCAAGAAGAGAAACAAAGAGAGGUAUAUAUGGAAGCACACCCCUCUGAGGCUGCUUUUAUGGUGUCAAAUCAGAAAUACAACAACAAUGUUCAAAGGUUUGCUAAUAACAAUCAACAGAAAUAUGCAGGAUCUGAAGCAAAGUACAAAGGAAAUUUCAUAACCAAAAUGCAGGAAUGUUUUGCACACACUGCAAAAUGA